AUGCAAGCGGUGAGGGACACGUGGCGCGCGGUGAAGCGCGAGCCGCUGGUGGCGCUCGCGAGCACCAUCGCGGGCGCGGGCCUCGCGGGGGCCCUGCUCAUGCCGGUGGUCGCCGAAAAGGAGCGGGAGAUUCUGGCGCUGCGCCAGGCCAACAGGGCCUCCGGCCAGGCCGCUGACGGGGCACCCCCCGGGGGCGACGGUUCGAAGGGCGUCGAAGGCGCGGUCGACUGGAAGAAAGUGAACCCGAGCACGACGAAGAGUUCGAACGAGUGUGCGGUGGGGGGAGGGGAAAGGAGGGCGAGAGAGGUGGGGAAGAUUGGGGGGCUUAUUCCCACCGGCCUGACGAGUAGCUUCGCGGCGCAAGCUGAGGAGAGGUCCAGGGAUGACGACAGGGAAAGGUACCGCGACUGGGACCGGAGCCGGGACCGGGAUCGGGACCGCGACAGGGACCGCGACGACAGGGACCGGGACCGCGGAGACCGGUACUACGACCUGCUCGAGAAAGCGAAAGAAAAGGCGGGGAACGUCCUAGGGAAGACCAAAGAAACGGCAGAGAGCGCCGUGGACAAGACCAAAGAAACGGCAGAAAAGACGAAGGACGCCGCCAAGAGUGCCGUCGGCAUGACGGAGGACAAGGCGAAGGGCACCGCGAAGAAGCUGGAGUCGACGCUGCUGCGGCCCAUCGACAAGAUCCGGCAGCACCUGGCAGGGUUCUUCCACGCGGCGAGCGACAAGAGCCGCCAGCUGGAGGCGCAUCAUUACUGCAGCCACCUCACGGACGAGUUCAUCCAGUGCGUCCUCUACGACUCGGACGACCCCGACGCGCGGCUGAUCGGCGUGGAGUACAUUUGCAGCGAGCGGCUGUACAAGAACCUGCCGGACCGCGAGAAGAAGCUGUGGCACACGCACGUGAAUGACGUCAGCGGGGGGACCAUGAUCGCGCCACGUGCCUCGCGCGACCAGGAGCGGGACGAGCUCAAGGAGAUUGCCAAGACGUACGGCAAGGCGUGGAUGACCUGGAACAAAGAUCGCGGCGACGCUCUCCCGGUGGGCGCCCCGGCGCUGCACAGAAAUCGAAAAGCGGGGAUCGAUCGCGGCGACGCUCUCCCGGUGGGCGCGCCAACGCUGCUGAUGUCGUUCACGGAGAACCGGCACAUCGACCCGACGCUGGUGGAGUCGCUGCUGAAGAAGUACGGGGGCGACAUCGAGGACAACAUCAGAGACCGGGAGGACAUCCCCGGGCCCGACGAGGGCGUGAGUCCGAACAGCAACUGCGGGCAGGACGGCUCCGGCGUGGGCGUCGGCCUGUACGAGAUCGACGUCAUUCCGGUGCCCAUCGCCAUUCCGGUUGCGGUUCCGGUUCCGGCCGACCAGCUACCGGACGACGCCAAUAAGGAUCAGGACCAGGGGGAUCGGGAUGGCUUCCUGAGACGCUGA